AUGUACGCCAGGCGACGAUCGAGCGGGAACGACGCGGCGCCGGCCACGACCGCGACGAACGAUCGCGGCACCGCGGCGCUCGCGAUCGAGAACUCGCGAGAGUCGCAGAGGGUGAGCGAGGGCGAGAAGCGCCAGGGUGGAGGAUUCACCGCCGUCGGUCACGUUCGGGACGAAAACGGACGGGAACAGGGGAACGGAAGGACGCGCGAACAUGGUUCGACGUCACGGCCGGGCUCGGACGCUGGACGACGCGGGGUGCGAGAGGGGCGGAGACAUCGAGGAGCGCUCGAGCGCGCGGACGACACGCUGUGGACGCUCCUGGAUAAGAUGUGCGCGAUCGAGAGCGAGGGCGAAGACGAUAAGGACGGUGGAGUAAACGCCGGGGAGUUUGCGCUGAGGGAUCGGGCGGAAACGGAGGCGAGGAGCGCGGACGCGGGGGAUUUUCUUGGGUUUCGGAACUCGGUGCACGCGCGCGUCGGGGCGAUGAUCGGAAGCGCGGACACGGCAAAGAAGAUGGGUGGUCUGCGAGCAAUCGAUCAGCUCAUCGAUGUCGAGUUCGGAGAGGAGGUCGAGAAGGUGCGCAAGUUUGCGGAGUACGUGCUCGAGGUGAUGCCACCGGGAGGUGAGGAACGGGCACAGACGAAGGGUGAAGGCGCAAGACACCCGGUGGACGCGCGCAAUCCUUUGUGGGGGCUUCCGAGCGCACCGCAGCUUAUUGAACUCAUGACGGCGGUUAUAGGUCGACUCGUCGCGCACGGUGGGGCGCUUACGACAGACAUAGUAGAUUCUCACGUGCAGCGCGCAGUGGAUUUGUUGGAAACGAAGGAAGACAACAAGGAGGCGCUGAGCAUGAAGCACUACGCAGCGGUCCGCACCCUGUCGGAGCUCGCGCGGAACGCGCCGACCAUCUUUAAUGUGCACGUACAAAUCGUGGUGGUUGCAAUCUGGUCGGCAUUGCGCGAUCCCUCUUUGCAGGUUCGCGAGGCUGCGGUCUCAGCUCUCAGGGACUGUUUGAUGGUGAUCGAGCAGAGAGAGACGAGGUACCGGGUGCAGUGGUACUACUCACUGUACGAGUCGUGUCGGGUCGGAUUACGAUCGGAAUCGUCCGUGGAGGCCAUGCAUGGUUCUCUCCUUGCGUUGGGUGAACUGCUGAGAUACACCGGCGAGUUCAUGUUGAGUCGUUAUCGUGAGGUCGCUCAGACAAUUUUUCGUCUUCAAGACUGUAAGGCUUCUAUUAUUCGAAGGACCAUCGUGUUGUUGAUUCCAAAGCUCGCCGUUUUCAGCCCGCGACGUUUUGCGGAGUCUUAUCUGGUGGAAUCGUGCGCACUGAUUCUGACGACGAUUCGAGCUUCUAGUGAUAGCGGAGCAGGAUUUGAGGCGCUCAGUCAAUUGGCUGACGCCAUGUCGCACGUGAUCAAUCUCAGUACGAUCAGCCCCGAAAAGGCGGAUGUCGGGGGUGUUCUGCUCCGAUAUCUACCAGAAGUCAGCGCGGUGAUGUACGAUCUCUUCACAACUCGAGCUCGAGACCAACAAGGUACUCCGGAGGCUCUCAAGUGCGCUGGCUCGUUGAUGAAUUCGUUAAACGAGGCUUGGAAGCCACACUUCAUGAACCUGAUGACGCCGAUGUUUAUGGGCGAUUUGUCCGAGGCUCUGGUGAGCGGUUUAGAUUUCGUAGCGAAGAGCUCGCCGGAGUUGAUGCCGGAGAUCCAGAUGAAACUUGCAGAUUCAAUCGAGAGCGCAAUAAGUCAAGGGCCAGAGACAGUGACGCCGAAUAGAAAGACUGUGCAGCUCGCUCUACGAACCAUGCGCACGUUUCCAUUUGAGGCGGUGGCAUUGCUGCGUGCGAUUAAAAAGAACGUGGUGCCAUAUUUGAGCGAUUCUUCGGCGGAAACGAGGCUUGAGGCGGCUUUAACCUGUUGCAGCACGUUGCGCUUGAGAGUUGGAUCGAGCAAGAGCGCGACGCGCGCGGUUGAAUAUAUCAUGGCUGCGCUCAUUCCCGUCGCCGUCGGAGAUACAGACGCUUCUAUUAGAAGUUCACUACUUUCGGACUUUUGCAGACCGUGCGCGUCCAUAGACUCGUACCUAGGUCAGGCAAAGUCGCUCAGAGCCCUCUUCUUGACAGUCAACGAUGAAAGUGUGACAAUCCGAAUGUUAGGGAUAGAAUUACUCGGUCACUUGGCGACGAGAAAUCCGGCUUACGUGUUGCCAGCUUUACGUGCACACAUGUUACAGCUGCUCGCGGAACUAGAGUUUAGCAGUGAGUCGCUGCACAGAGAGGAGAGCGCGAAGGUGUUGGCGGUGCUCAUUCGGAGUUGUCCUCGUUUCGUUGCUCCGUAUCUCUCAGCAAUUUUGAACGUUCUCACGGCCACCUUACGAGCGGAUGAGGGCGGUUCGUCUGCAACGUCGACGUCGACGCGCGAGAGUAUGACUGCAUUGAAAGGCCGUCUGCAGAGAACAGGGUCUAGCGGGUCCGGAGCUUUGACAUCAUCCAUUCCGGCCACCCUACGAAAGAGACGAGACGUCACUGGACGUGAAAAAGCCGCCGUGCUCGGUACCAUCGGCGAGCUUGCGAACGUGAGCGGAAGCGAAAUCAAGCCUUUUGUACAACCACUUUUAGCACUCUUACUGAUCGCUCUGAAGUCUCCGAGCACGCGAGAUGAGGCGGUGGUGACACUUGGCAAAUUGAUAGAAAGCUCCGGUUAUGUGGCGGAUCCGUUUACAACACACCCGCAGCUCUUACCUCAGUUACUUCGUAUCCUCGCGAAUGAACGUGGUAUCGCUCGGAAUGAAGUGCUCCGGACCCUCGGUUGCCUAGGAGCCCUCGAUCCAUAUGCUCACAAGGCGAAUGAAAUUCGUCUGCACGGCGAGGGCGUCCUCAGUGCGGAUGGUGUGCGGGGCGUUCGCCAAGCGAGCCUCAAACUUGCUGCGGGUACGGGAGAAGACGAUAUUUUGGAUGAAUUUUUGAAUAACGCUGACGGAGACGAUGAGAUUGACGUCCUACCUACGCUCCAUUUGACGUCUUUAUCGGACGAGUACUAUCCGACAAUCGCGUUGAAUUCGCUGCUGAGAAUUCUUCGAGACCCUACUCGCACGAGUCAUCGUCUCAUGGUCAUCAGAAGCAUUGUUUACAUUUUUCAAGUUCUGGACACGGGCUGUGUGCAGUAUCUACCGAAUGUCCUUCCGGUUAUGCUGAAUGUGAUUCGUACGAGCGAUCCCAGCCGGCGCGAAGAUAUGUUUGUAGAACUUGCAACUCUCGUGAGCGUCGUCAAGGCGCACAUUCGUCGAUAUUUGACGGAUAUAUUUGAACUCAUGCAUCUCACUUGGGACGUUACUGGAAUGUCUAAGAACACGAUUUUGCUGUGCGAAGAGUUAUCGUUCGCUCUAAACGACGAAUUUAGGAAAAAUCUUCCGACGAUCAUUCCUAGUGUUGUCGCGGCAUUGGGUGAAGCGGAACGCUUGCGCAAGUACGAUUUGGUACCGCACAUCCUCCACGCACUCGAAUGCUUCGGUGUGAGUCUUAACGACCACCUGUAUCUUCUGAUGCCGCCAAUUAUGCGUUUGCUAAAGCAUAGCGUCAUAUCUGUUCCUGUGGAGAUCAAAAAAUGCACGUUGGAAUCGCUCCGGAGAUUACUGCCAAUCAUGAACCUGUCUGACCAGGCGGCUCUUAUAGUGCACUCGUUGACACGGGUGCUCGAUGACGAGAGAAUGGAGUUGAGAAUGGAAGCUCUGUGCGUUCUUACGUCUCUGGAAGUCUCCCUAGGGCGGGAUUAUGCUCUUUUUCUACCAGUGGUAAAGCGUGCCGUGUCGAAGUGUGGCGUUAACGAUCCUGCUUUCGACGAAAUGGUAAAACGCGUCGAGUCUGGCAAUGUUUUGCUUUACCCGGAUGAGGAACUUGAAACCUCAUCCGUCGUGGCGACGGCGCGGAAAAAGCCGGAUAUUCAACGGCGAUUAUCUGUCAACCAAUUAGCAAUUCGUCGCGCUUGGGAAAGUAGCCAGCGGUCAACGAAGGAAGACUGGCUUGAGUGGAUGAGACAACUUGCACUCGACUUGCUGAAAAGCUCGCCUCUUCCAUCGCUACGAGCUUGCAGUGAACUCGCGCAAGUGCAGCCAAACCUCGCCAGAGAUUUGUUUUGUGCAUCGUUUGUUUCUUGUUGGGCUGAGUUGAACGAGAGUCACAGAGAAGUACUCGUUCGUUCGCUGGAAGCCGCCCUCGGCAGUCCGACGAUUCCACCGGAGAUCGUAUCAAUUUUGCUCAAUUUGUGUGAAUUCAUGGAGCACGAUGAGAAACCGAUUCCCGUUGACGUUCGAACGUUAGGAAUGAUUGCCGAGAGAUCUCGGGCAUACGCCAAAGCGUUGCACUACAAAGAACUCGAGUUUGUGACGAACCCAGGAGCAUGUGUGGCGGCGAUCAUCGCCAUAAACAACCAGUUGCAGUUGCCAGAGGCCGCUCGAGGCGUUCUUGUGUAUGCGCAAGAAAAUCUGAGCGUCGUGAUCAAGGAAUCGUGGUAUGAAAAGCUCGAGCAAUGGGACGACGCUUUGGAGGCGUAUAAACGCAAGAUGGACGAAGUCAUGCACGUUACUACGCCUAAUGCUAUGGAAGAGCGGCGCGAGGCAAUGGCCGGGCAGCUUCGAUGCUUGAACGCACUCGCAGAAUGGGAAGAAAUUCACAGAAUCAGCGAAAUAGCUACCAAGUCGAAUGUCGAUUGGGACGAUUACAGCAUUGAUGUGACUACUAUAGCCACAAAGGCUGCAUGGUACCUAGGCGACUGGGAGCAGAUGGAGGUUCUCACUGACAAGCUUGAACGCGAUCAGCGUUCUCAGGGACGGCUCCCGACUGCUGACCGCGCGGAGCUUGUCUCGAAGCACAAAACAAGUGUGGUCAAUGUCACUGACUGCGACUUCUAUAAAUCCAUAAUCGCCUUUCGCAAAGGGAAUCAAGAGGAGGCGCGAACGCAUCUCUCCGCUGCACGCGACAAACUCGGCACCGAACUUCCCGCGCUUGUCAGAGAAUCAUACGAUCGGUCUUAUCGCGCGCUGAUUCGUGCACAGCAGCUCACCGAACUCGACGAGGUGAUCGAGUACGCACAACUUACGGCCGUUGCGUCUCCAGCGGCUUUGCAGAGACAGGAGGUCAUUCGGAAGAUGUGGAGAGAUAGAAUCUACCUUGUGAAACGAGACGUUGAGGUUUGGCAAGAGCUCUUACAAGUUCGCUCAUUAGUUUUACCGAUGAGCGAGGAGACAGAUAUAUGGCUCAAAUUUGCGGCGCUCAACCGCAAGCAAGGGCGUGACCGUCAGUCUCGCCGUACGCUGCUACGAUUGCUUGGGUAUGAUCCUAUGCUCUGUGCGGAGGAAACGGCCGGUUUCGGCGCAGGAUCUGGACGACCGAAGGUUAUGUUCGCAUUCAUCAAGCAUCUCUGGCACACUGGUCAAAAAAGACAGGCAUUCAUGCGACUCCAGUCUCUAGCGCAUGAGCUGCGAGUGACAUGGGAAAACCAACGAUCAUCUGGGCAGCCGCCGGAAGUGGAGCACAACAAGACGGUUUCGCGGGCAUUCUUAAAGCUCGGAAAAUGGAGAUGGGCCCUGACCGAUUGUAUGAAUGAUGAGACACUGACUGAUGUAUUGAUGGCGUUCAGAACAGCCACGGCUGCCGAUCAGCAGUGGUCAAAAGCCUGGCAUCACUGGGCCUUGUUCAACGCCACCGCCAUGGAGCACUUCCAUCGUCAAGGUGGGGCGUCUACGCAAGAUGCAAUGCAGCACGUUGCACCUGCAAUCAGUGGAUUCUUCCGCUCAAUUGCGCUCGGCGGUGGCAAGACCAACGCGAAGCAGGGCGGUUCCUUGCAGGACAUCUUGCGUUUACUCACCCUGUGGUUUAAUCAUGGUGGAACCGCAGAAGUUGAGACUGCAUUGAUUGAAGGGUUCGGCCACGUAAGUAUCGAUACUUGGCUCGCCGUCAUUCCGCAAAUCGUGGCAAGAAUCCACACGCACGUCAUUCCUGUGCGAAAUUUGAUUUACCAGCUCCUCAUUCGAGUUGGUCGACAGCACCCUCAAGCGGUUUUAUAUCCUCUUCUCGUCGCAUGCAAGAGUCAAAGCACAUCCAGGCGUGCUGCAGCCAACGCCAUUUUGGACAACGUGCGCCAACAUAGCGCACUACUCGUCGAACAGGCGCAGAUUGUAUCCCUCGAACUCAUCCGAGUCGCAAUUGUAUGGCACGAGGCGUGGCAUGAAGCGUUGGAGGAAGCUUCGAGACUGUACUUCGGCGAGCAAAAUGUCGACGGUAUGAUGGCUGUGCUCACACCGCUACACCACAUCUUAGAGCGACAAGGCGCAGAAACUUUACAAGAGAUGGGAUUCGUACAGAAUUACGGUCGUGAGCUGCAAGAAGCGCACGAUCUCUGCCAAAAGUAUCAAAUGAGUAAGCGUGAAGAAGAGCUAAAUCAAGCAUGGGACUUGUACUAUCACGUGUUCAAACGCAUCACGAAACAACUUCCAACCAUGACAACGUUGGAAUUGCAGUACGUCUCGCCUCGUUUGCUCAACUCUCGCGGCUUGGAACUCUGUGUUCCAGGGAACUAUAUUUCAAGAGCGACAGAGCAGGCUAAAAUCAGAGCGUUUGCACCGACGAUGCAUGUGAUCACUUCUAAGCAACGUCCCAGGCGGCUUCAGAUUCAUGGUUCAGAUGGUAAGGAUUACGGCUAUCUGCUGAAGGGUCACGAGGACUUGCGUCAGGAUGAGCGCGUGAUGCAACUGUUCGGUUUGGUGAACACUUUACUGAACAGCAACAUGACGACGCAGCAGAAAGAUCUAGGUAUCGCGCGUUACGCUGUCGUGCCUCUUUCACCAAACAGUGGACUGAUCGGAUGGGUGCCGAAUUGCGACACGCUACACGCGCUGAUACGAGAGUAUAGAGAAGCGCAUAAAAUUCCACUCAAUCUGGAGCACAGAAUGAUGCUCGCGAUGGCACCUGAUUACGACCAUUUGCCAUUGGUUAACAAGGUUGAGAUUUUCAUGCACGCCGUCGAAAACACUUCGGGCGGAGAUUUGGCGCACGUUCUCUGGUUGAAGAGUCGUAGCAGCGAACAGUGGCUCGAGCGUCGCACGACGUACACGCGAUCGCUCGCAGUCAUGUCCAUGGUGGGCUACCUUCUCGGACUCGGCGAUCGACAUCCAUCAAACUUGAUGAUCGAUCGAUACAGCGGUAAAGUGCUUCAUAUCGAUUUCGGUGACUGUUUUGAGGCGUCAAUGUAUCGGGAAAAGUUCCCUGAAAAGGUUCCCUUCAGAUUGACUCGUAUGCUCGUCCGCGCCAUGGAGGUGAGUGGUAUCGAGGGCAAUUUCCGAAGUACGUGUGAGAGCGUCGUUACCGUCUUGCGAGAUAACAAGGAUUCGGUUAUGGCGAUGUUGGAGGCGUUCGUACACGAUCCUCUUAUCAAUUGGCGUCUAUUGACCCACAAGAUCGUUCCAGAUAAUGAUGAAAAUGAGGUGCAAGAAGUCGCUCUUCGAUCCAGUAGCGCAAGUGAUAGUGGGAAUUCCACCCCGCAACCGAAAUCGCGCGGCGCGGGGUCGAAACGACCACCGAGCGUAGGGGUCGUCGAUACUCCAUCUGGACCUGUGCCUUCGAGUUCAUCCGUUAUCGGAGUCGAGGCCGCGCACGCCAUGGCCGCGAUGAGCUCCAGUGUACGCGACCACCCCUCGCAAGCUGGGUCAGUGCUUUUUCGUCGAACGGAGCUCAUACACGCACUAGAAACGUACGGCAUGGAUGACGGCGCGAAUGAAGCUCUGAAUGAACGAGCGGUGAGCGUGAUGCAGCGAAUGAGCGCAAAGCUCACCGGCCGCGACGGAGAGCACCAUCACGUCGAUACAAUGCUCCCAGAUACGGUUGAAAAACAGGUGCGACGCUUAGUCGCUGAAGCGACGAGCGCAGAGAAUCUCAGCGUCUCGUAUGUAGGCUGGUGCCCAUGGUGGUAA